UUUUUUUUUUUUUUACUUUAAACCUAUAUAUCACGAUGAUUAUUCCUGUUCGUUGUUUCUCUUGUGGUAAAGUCAUUGGUAACAAAUGGGACAACUACUUGUCUUUAUUACAAGCUGAAUAUACAGAAGGUGAAGCAUUAGAUGCUCUUGGUCUUAAGCGCUAUUGUUGUAGACGUAUGGUCUUGACUCAUGUUGAUUUGAUUGAAAAGCUUUUGCAUUACAAUCCUUUGGAACGUUCAAGAGAUCGUGGACGUGCUUAGAAAGAAAGAAAGAAAGAAAAGGAAGGGAACACUAUAUUGUAUAUCGCCCAACUGUCUCUUUUUACUUUUUGUUAUUAUUAUCAUUAUUUUUUUUUUUUUCAUAUAUAUAUAUACACACACACAACCAUUUUACAGCAUUAUGAUUAAAGAACUCUUUUGUAGACAGGAUUUUUUUCUCUUUUUUUUUUU